AUGGACAAAGACAAGCCCACUCGCCAGAGCACUGCUGGAAUUGACAAUGAAGAAGUUGAUGGCAACUGUAUAUGUGGGUUAAAGAGCAAAAGAAGAGUAGACACUGGGGAGCAAAUCCCUGCAGCAGGAUGUGAAACAAUGGAUGUGUCUCAUCCUCCAGACACUUCUGAUCAAAGAGUGUUUGGUCACUACAACCCCCGGGCAGAUAAACCUCUUGAGAACCCACCAGGGUUCCCAGCAAUGCAGAAAGCAGGUGAUAAUAACCCUAAGAAAGACUGUUAUACAAAAGAUGUCCUGCAACAAGGCAGAGAUGCACCAUGUGAAGGCAAUCCAGAAGAUCCCUGGGGAAUAGAAACGAUGGGUAAAGAAGAUCAGACACUGAGACAAGACUUAGAGGGCAAAGAAGAGGAGAUUGUGUGGCUAGAUGCUGCAAAACCCAGGGAGAAUUCAGGGACAUCAACAAAUGAUGAAGAAAAACAUGGCUCAGCACAGGAAGGGCAUAUGAUCCACACAACAGAGAAAAAGGACAGAGAUCAUCAUGUAGCAACCCAGGACAAAGAAGACAGCAAAGAUGCUUUUGCUCUGGGCUCUGGGAUUUCCAAAGAAACUUUGCAAGAGUUGAAAAACCUAUUGAAAGAGAGUCCAUUGUUGAGUACCAGGGCCAGGAAUAGUGGAAAACUUGGCAGGACCUCUUCCCAUACAUUGCUGCUGAAGUCUAGUGAGAAACAAAGUAGAUGCGUGGAAACAUUUCAUCCUCAUUUAAGAGGAGGUGACAAGACGAUCCCUAGUGGGCACAAACAUGGAGCAGGGCAGAUAGGGAAGCCGCAACCGGUUCACAGCUCUGCUGGGCUGGAGAAGUGCCCAUCUGAAACUGAUGAAAUGGAGCAUCCUGUCAGGACUAAACGGGCAUCUUCCCCCAAAGCGGGCAGCACUCCAGGCACUAAAUUUGAGCCCACACCUGAGCACAGCAGAGAUCCUGGUGUAAAUAACCCUGGCUUUCCCAUUCCUCUUCACUUGGUUUCUGAAAUUGAAUGCAUUAAAGAACAGAUGGCCAGGGACAACAUACAUUUUGUCAGGUUUGAAGCAACAGACCUUCAUGGGGUGUCAAGAUCAAAGAGCAUUCCUUCUCGCUUUUUCCAGACCAAAGCAAUCCAUGGUGUCACCAUGCCUAGAGGCCAUCUUGAACUGACCCUGAAUCCAAAGGAUAAUGAAAUCAACCACAUCAGUGCAAGCAAUUUCAACUGUGACAUAGUCCUGAGUCCUGAUUUAUCAACGUUUCGGGUUUUACCAUGGACUGAACAAACAGCAAGGGUGAUAUGCGACUCCUUCACUGUAACGGGCAAACCUCUGUUGACUUCGCCCAGGUACAUUGCCAAGCAACAGCUGAGCCAGCUCCAGGACAACGGCUUGGUGCUGUAUUCCGCCUUCACUUAUGAGUUCUGCAUUUACGGCAUUGCUGAAAUUCUCAAUUCAAAGUCAAUCUCUUUUCCCACAGCAACCAUACUAAAUAACCAUGACCAGUCUUUCAUUCAAGAACUCAUUGAUGGGAUGUAUCAUGCUGGGGCCAAUAUUGAGAGUUUCUCCUCUUCCACAGGACCUGGGCAAAUGGAGAUCUCUUUUCACCCUGAGUUUGGCCUCAGUGCAGCUGAUAGCGCCUUCACCUUCCGAACAGGCAUCAAAGAAGUGGCCAAAAAAUACAGCUACAUUGCCAGUUUUUUCACCGAGAAUGGAUUCUGCAACUCGGGCAUCCUGUCGCAUAGCCUUUGGGACAGCACCGGGCAGAAUAACUUGUUUUCCUUGAGUUCCGAACCCACAGAGUUUACCAGCAUCGGAAAGAAUUGGCUUGCUGGACUCUUGGUGCAUUCUGCCGCUCUCAGCUGUCUAAUGGCUCCAACGAUCAGCUGCCGUAAACGCUACAAUGCCUACAGCAAGGAUUCAAGGGAGACGGUGAUGGCCAAGUGGGCCUGUAAUGACAACAACAGCGUAUUUAACAUCAAAAGUCACGGCGAAAAAGGAACUCGGCUAGAAAACAAGCUGGGCUCAGCGACAGCAAAUCCUUACCUUGUGCUGUCUGCGACGAUCGCUGCAGGUCUGGAUGGCAUAAAGAGAGGCCUCAGCUUCCAGGAGGGGUCGGAGGAGAGCCAGACCUCCACUCAGUUGAGAGCUGCAACAAUCCCUCUCAAACUGGAAGAUGCUCUUGUUGCGCUUCAGGAAGACGAGUGCAUCAGGGAAGCCCUCGGUGACAACUUUGUCCGAUAUUUUGUGGCCAUGAAACAGUAUGAGAUGGAAAUGGAAGAAAUGGAUGUGGAAAGGAAUAAGUUUUUGGAAUAUUUUAUCUAG